AUGUGCGAGCAUUUGGUACAUUGUUUAAAGAAUGGCUACUCCGUGUUCAGAGAGCAAGCGAUUAUGAAUGCAAAGACUCCGAAAACAAAUGCAGCAUGCCAUGAUAUCAACUCGGAAUGUGUGCUCUGUUACAGAUGUGCAUUGCCGAAUUUCAAGGAGCUAGCGUAUCAGUUUCGUCGUGAAGCGUGGGAAAGCGCGGACGACCAUUUCGUGAUUGAUUUUAGUUUUGCAUCUGAUUGGUUGAAAGAAUGGUGCGAGUUUUCAGGACCAAUCACAAAGCGAUGUCAGUUACUUUCGACACUCAACUUUAAAGAGAGACAUUGCAGAGACGUGCUGAUUGAUGUUGGGGUAAAAAUUGCCGAACUGAGAGGACCAAGCCACUUCAUGCAAGACAAAAUUUACAUAGCUGAGAUUAUCUUCAUCAGCACGAAGUUUGCCUAACAGUUUGCCA